CUCUUCUCUCUCACCGCCGCCCGAAGUUCUCUCAUCUCCUCGCGCCGCCCGGAGUUCUCUCACCGCCGCGCCCUCUUCUCUCUCACCGCCUCGCGCACCGUGUUCUCCCAUCGCCCGGAGGUUCUCUUACCGCGUCACCUCUUCUCUCCCACCGCCACGCCGCCGUCCAUUCACCAUCAUGCACGGAGGAGUUGGAGAUUGAAAUCGCGGAGGUGUUGUACGGCUUGAUGACUCAGUCGCAAGCCCCUUCAUCGAAGAAGGAGGAGUCGAGAGAAAUCAACAGAUUGGGCAGCGAUGCGAAAUCACAUAAUUCGUCGCCGAUUUCGAAUUCUCCUUCGGCCAAUAAUCCCAAUUUGGGAUCCAAUUCUGGGCCCCUUUCAGCUGUCGCUCCGAAGAGGAAGAGGCCGCGGCAGAUACCGGAAAACUCGAGCUACGACGCUCGGAGCAGCCCCGUUCCGGCGAAGCUUGAAGCUUAACUUUCAACCUUAAAUAAUUAAAUGCUUUAUUGUAGGACCCACUAAAUUUUUAACUUUACACAACACCACUUAAUACUCUAAUUAACUUGUUCCUUAAUAACCGUGCCCAAAAGAAGGAGGACAUUUCCUUUGGGACGGAGGGAGUAUUUUUUUUACUUAAAAAAAAAUCAUUUUAGUUUUUGUUUUUCUUUUGUUACAUGUGUCACCUUACUUUUUUUGUGAUUUUCGACACAUAUCA